UCUCUCUCUCUCUCUCCCUCACAUUGUGUUUACAGCCUGGGAGAGCGUUGCAUUUCUGACAUUUCUCUCUCAAACUCCAACCAGCUCUGUUCUCAUCUGAAAGCAGCAGAGAGAAGAGUUUUGUUGCUGUGCAACCAGGACUUGAACCACAUCCGACCUGAGCUCAUCUCCUCACAAACAGCAGCAGUUUGAUUUCACCUCCUCAAAACCAGAAGCAGCUCAGUCCAGCUCCACUCGGUCCAAACAGGCCCAGCAGCCUGACUGAACUCUCUGCUCUUCUAAUCCAGCCCAUCAAAAUCUAACCAGCCUCCAUGGAGCGCGUGCAGCACAUGACCAAGUCGGCCAUCCGCCGAGCGUCUCAGAUCGAGGUGAACCCGCAAGCCAAGAGGAACCUGCAGGAGCUGUUCGUCAACUUCACCCUCAUCCUCAUCUGCCUGCUGCUCAUUUACAUUAUCGUCCUGCUGAGCAGCUGAGAACUGCAGAGCCGUGUGCUGAGGGAGUUUGGCAUGGCUGUGCUGCUGUGGACGAGGGUUUUGCUGAGAUACGGGCACACCAGAUUUCCAAUGAAGUAAUAAUACCAGGUCCAUAUAUCAGUCUAACCCUGUUAUCAACAUCUAUGAAGAAGGAUCGUUCAUGUAAAACAAUAACGGCUUCACUCUCUCAAAUUGCCUCCAUCAGAGCUGAUCAGGGAUCAGCUUCCUUUCCUCACUUACUCAAGGGAAUGAUCUAAGGUGACCCAACAGUUUAAACUUCACUGAUAUACUGUAUGUAUGAGUAUCCGCCUGCUGCUCAUUCAGACCCUGCUUACAUUACAAUGUGUUGAUUUAAGUUGAUUUAUAAAGGAGACUCACUCCAUUUAAGACACACUGUAUGACAAUAUCCCCUGUGAGGUUAUAAUAACUGCGUGUAUGUGUAUAAUACUUAAAUAUCAAUACAUCACUAUUGUUUAAUUUCCAUUUCCCAUGAGCCCCGGUGCUUCCUGCAGCCCGCCACCAGCACCAGGAGAAAGAUAAACAUUCUCGAAAUUAUUAUUUUUCCAUUAAUAUUAUUAUUUCCUCCUUCAUCCGCCACUGUCAGAGACAUGGCUUUAGUGUCUGUGACGUGAGGCGUCUGUAUUUUGAACUUCAACGCUGACAUCUUGGCAGAUAUCAGAGCCUAAAAAGCCAAAUUAGGCAAAAAGAAAGUGGGACAGGAAAGCAGCAAACACCGAGGCUGACUGUGAUCGGCUGAGGCACCUGUCAAAAUAAGUAAACAUGCCAAGUGUGAUGUCUCUUUUAGCAUUAGUUGACAGAUGAACAACUGUGUUAGAAAGAGACUUUCCUCCCCAGAAUUUGACCCCAAUGCAUCAGUUGUACAACACCUUUUUACGACCCAUAUUUACAUUUGAAGUGCCCUUUUGUGGCCUAGAGUGACCUCUAGUGGUGUGAAGGCAAAGGGGUAAGUGAGGAAAAAUAGUAUAAAGCACAAAAAGAUCCAGAUAUGAAGGGCAGGAGGGGUGGUGAGCAAUACGAUAUCGAUUGUCA